CGUAGUUGGCGUCUGUGCGUCCGCACGUGCAGCCGUUUAAGCGCGGUUUGUACCCCAGCGAGGACCCAGCGAGAUCUCAGAGUGGUGAGAUACAAAUAGAACUCGAAGCCACCAUGGGAGAUGAAGAUUGGGAAGCAGAAAUCGUCAAACCUCAUGUUUCUUCCUACGUUCCUGUAUUUGAGAAGGAUAAAUAUUCUUCUGGAGCAAAUGGAGACACUACUAAUAGAACUUCAGCUUCGUCAGAUAUGGAUGAUGGACCUUCUCAACGAGAUCAUUUCAUGAGAAGUCACUUUGCCUUGGGAAAUAGAGAUGCUGGAGACUCUAAUAAAAGAGAACAUACUCCAACAAUGGGUGGGCUUGGAGUUGGAAAAGGUUUUGGAAACAAAGGUUUUUCAAAUAAGUUUGAAGAAAGUGAAAACAUUGGGUUCUUGAAAGAAUCUAAUAAUGACUGUGAAGAUAAUCAAAUACGGAACAGAGGGUUUUCCAGGAAAAGUGGCUAUCAAGAUGGAAAUGAUGCAGAAGCUUCAGGGCCAUCCAGAAGAGGUGGAAGAGGUAGUUUCCGAGGUUGCCGUGGAGGAUUUGGCAUAGGAAGAUCAAAUAAUGAAUGUGACCAAGAUGAGAGAGCACAGCGCACUGGUGGCCUUUUUGGUUCUAGAAGAACAGCAGUAAGUGGUACAGGUAAUGGUGACACUUACCGCAGCAGAAGUGGCAGUGCACGUGGACGAGGUGGUUACAAAGGUUUAAAUGAAGAAGUAAUAGCAGGCUCUGGAAAGAAUUCUUGGAAGUCAGAAGCUGAAAGAGGAGAAGGUGGUGAUAUUCAAGGGCCAAAAGUGACUUACAUACCUCCACCUCCACCAGAGGAUGAGGACUCUAUCUUUUCACAUUAUCAGACAGGCAUAAACUUUGACAAAUAUGACACUAUUCUUGUUGAAGUUUCUGGACAUGAUGCACCACCAGCAAUUCUGACUUUUGAGGAAGCUAAUCUUGGUCAGACACUUAAUAACAACAUUGCUAAAGCUGGCUAUACUAAGCUUACUCCUGUGCAGAAAUAUAGUAUUCCUGUUACACUAGCAGGUCGAGAUUUGAUGGCUUGUGCUCAAACAGGAUCUGGGAAGACUGCGGCUUUUCUCUUGCCGAUUUUGGCUCAUAUGAUGCGUGAUGGAAUAACUUCCAGUCGCUUUAAAGAGCUACAGGAACCAGAAUGUAUUAUUGUAGCACCAACUCGAGAAUUGAUCAACCAGAUUUACUUGGAAGCCAGAAAAUUUUCCUAUGGGACUUGUGUAAGAGCUGUUGUCAUAUAUGGGGGAACACAGUUGGGGCAUUCAAUCCGACAAAUAGUACAAGGCUGUAACAUAUUAUGUGCAACUCCUGGAAGAUUGAUGGAUAUCAUAGGUAAAGAAAAGAUUGGUCUCAAGCAAGUCAAGUAUUUAGUUUUAGAUGAAGCAGAUCGCAUGUUGGAUAUGGGUUUUGGACCAGAAAUGAAGAAGUUAAUUUCUUGCCCAGGAAUGCCAACAAAGGAACAACGUCAAACUCUUUUGUUCAGUGCAACUUUUCCAGAAGAAAUUCAAAGGUUGGCUGCGGAAUUUUUAAAGUCAAAUUAUUUGUUUGUUGCUGUUGGACAAGUGGGUGGAGCAUGUAGAGAUGUUCAGCAGACCAUUCUCCAAGUAGGCCAAUACUCAAAAAGAGAAAAACUUGUUGAAAUUCUACAAAAUAUAGGUGAUGAAAGAACUAUGGUCUUUGUUGAAACUAAGAAAAAAGCGGAUUUUAUUGCAACUUUUCUUUGUCAAGAAAAAGUAUCGACUACAAGUAUUCAUGGUGACCGGGAACAGAGAGAGAGAGAGCAAGCCCUUGGAGAUUUUCGCUGUGGAAAGUGCCCAGUUCUUGUUGCUACUUCAGUAGCUGCCAGAGGGCUGGAUAUUGAAAAUGUCCAACAUGUUAUCAAUUUUGAUCUUCCUUCCACCAUUGAUGAAUAUGUUCAUCGAAUUGGGCGUACUGGGCGUUGUGGGAAUACUGGAAGAGCUAUUUCUUUUUUUGAUCCUGAAUCAGAUAAUCAUUUAGCACAGCCACUAGUGAAAGUACUGUCAGAUGCUCAACAGGAUGUUCCUUCAUGGUUGGAAGAAAUUGCCUUUAGUACAUACGUUCCUGGUUUCAGUGGUAGUACAAGAGGAACUGUGUUUGCCUCAGUCGAUACUAGAAAGAAUUACAAGGGCAAGAGCACUUUGAAUACAGCAGGAUUUUCUUCACAAGCUCCCAAUCCAGUUGAUGAAGAGUCAUGGGAUUAAAACUAAAAAAAACAUGCUUCAAGUUUAUGGUACAGUUUUGAUGCAGAGAAGACCAUAGUUUUGAUUUUUAAAUUUUAAAUGGAAGUGUGAAACCUGACAUUCUUGUAUCUCCUGUUAUUCUGUUCUCCCACCCUUAAAAAAAAUCUUAUUGACUAGUUAGGCAAAAUGCUAAAAGUUAGAAUGUUGCAGUUACUGAUACAAAUGGUGUUAACUGGAAAUAUUAAAGCAUUCUAAAUGUCUUGAUUAUUUCUAGAAUAUUCAGGCGAUUUAGACAAGUUGCAUGUCUAAGUGCUGUCUUAGUAUGUUUAUUGUUUCUAUUAAAACAGUAAGAUACGAUAUGCAUUUGCUUACAAAUUGGGUCUCAGUUCUACUUGAGCCUUUAAAGUAAUAGUGUAUAACUAUAAUGUGAUAACACUAUAAUGUGAUUUUUAUGAAACAGUGGAAAACUGAAGCCUUUCAGGGUGAUUUUGAGUUUAGAUCAUUAAAUGUGUGUUGCAGAUGGUUAAAUGUUUGCAACAUGAGCCCUGUACUCAAUGGCAUAACAGUUUUUUUUUUUUUGGUAUUAUGCACUUUCCUUGGAAAUAAAAGA